AUGGACACCCACAGACUUCAGAAUGACCUUCCAGCUUCGGCUGAAUUUGUUGACCGGCUGCUAGCUGAGUUGGCUAGCUUCAAAUCACACGUCACCAGCAGCACCACCGCCGCACAAGAACCGCCCAGGACGCAAGCCACAUACCAGGACAAGCCGCCGCAGAACGUCCUCUCGGGGCUAUCAGCUUCCCAACUCACCAGAGUAAAGCCCCUACUGCUCACAUUACACUGCCUCUUCCCCAACGAUCUGCUUCCCGCCCUCGACAUCCUGGACCGCAGGCUCGUGCAGCGGUUGGUGGUGCGCGGGGACCAACCCCAUGCCGUGCCAUCGGCACCUACCCAGGACCCAGCAGGGGCCCCAGACAAGCAAGAUAGACAACCCCAUGAAACACACCCCGAAGACAUGUUCCUCUAUCUGGUAACAUCGGCCUCGUCGGCCCCUCCACACCCCAGCGCAGCACCGUCAACAGCAGAGCCAUCAGCACACCCCACGCUGGAACCGGAAAAAGUCUACGAAGUCCGCCUCCACGCAUGGAACUGCACCUGCCCCAGCUUCGCGCUGUCCGCAUUCCGCGACGCAGACUCCGGCCGGGUCUCCACGCCCAGCUCGCCUGCAGAACCCCCAUCCGAUACUGCAAUGCUGCGUGACCGGGAUGGAUCUGCGGCCUACCCAUUUGGUGGGACGCUCACCUGUCAGUCAGACAGGGAAUCACCGCCAGCAUGCAAGCACAUUCUGGCCUGUGUGUUGUUUGCACGGUGUCCGGGGUUGUUUCGGGGUGGAGGGGACGGACGGGUUGGGUCGAUGGAAGAGUUGGCUGGGUGGUGUGCGGGAUGGGGCGGAUGA